AUGACCACCCCUCUCUCGGCCUCCUCCCCAGACGACGUAACCGCCGUCUGUGCAGCGCACGAUCUGACCUUGGACGAGUUCCACGCGCUGCAGUCGCACGCCCAGGAAGCCAAAACCCGCGCCUACUGCCCCUACAGCAAGUUCCGCGUCGGCGCGGCGCUGCUGACUCGCUCGGGGGCAUACGUCACGGGCGCCAACGUUGAGAACGCGAGCUACCCCGUGACGACGUGCGCGGAGCGGGUGGCGUUUGGAACGGCGGUUGUUGCGGGGUACCAUCAGCAGCAAGCAGCAGCGCAAGCUGGGAACGGGAAUGCAGCAGCAGCAGGAGGAGGAGAGGGUGGUUUCAAAGCGGUUGCCGUCGCGACGGAUGCAGUUGGGCCCGCGAGUCCGUGUGGCAUGUGUCGGCAGUGUAUACGCGAGUUCUGCGACCUCAGCGUGCCCAUCAUUAUGUUUGACAAGGACAGCAAGUUUAUCGUGAUGAAGCUGGAGGAGCUCCUUCCGCUGUCGUUUGGCCCCGAUGCGUUGGGAGCCCCGGACCCGGCCAAGUCGUGA